AUGGCGAAGCAGGUAUGCCAAACCAUCUCAAUGAGGAUCAGGGGCGUCGACGGUGACAACGCUAGCGGCUGGACGGUGUCGCUACACGAUGAUGGGGACCGCUACGAGCUGGGCGGACUCGACUACGUCCUUGACCUCGUCAGUGAGAUGGAGAUCGCGCCGUCGUUCCCCGUCUCCAAGAGCUACUUCCUCGUCUCUCACGACGCCUCUGUGCAGACGGCGCGAGCCAAGGCGAAGAUGAACACACCUCACGAUCCGACUAUCGUCAACAUCAUCGACAUCGACGUCGACGAUCUGGAGCCGGACAUUGAGACUGGCACCACGUCGCAGCAGCAGCACGGACGGCGCGGGCAGUACAGCAGCUAUCGCAGCCGCGUGACGUCAUCGCGCAGAGACCAACAGGAUUCCGACCAGCGGUCAGGCAAGUUGGACUACGGACUCGCGGACACUCGCUUGAACGAGCGCUACUUCGGCGGACAGCUCGCGAACAGCAAGUUAAAUGCCCGCUACAUGGCCGACACGAAGGUCAGCAAAGGUCAGACGACCGACGAGAAGCACUACGAGCAGACGAGACUCACGCAGCAGGUUCUCUAAACUCAACGAUCGCUAUAAGAUCCCGAAGCCCGAUCUGGACAGAGGAAGCCGACUGAACCUGCGCUACGUGCUGGCGGAGGAAGACCUUGUUGGCGAACAGAAAGAGCGGACAUCCGGUGAGGUUAAACAGAAGGAACAAAAGAUGGCGUCCAAGUCGUCAACUACCGCUAAAACUACCGAGAAGCAGCAACAACAACAACAACAACAACAAAAUAGUAGUAGCCAAAUAAUUUCCUUCCAAUGUCUCGCAAAUCUCGCGAGAAUCACGGACGGGACAGUCAUUCACGCGAGCAGAGCUACCAAUACGAGCGUCGGGAGCAGUCACGUGCUGAACCCGAUCGCCGGGCUAAGUCACUUGAUAG